AUGCCCGGGCACGGGGGGCUGCCGCACACUCUCCACUCCAAGGCCCCGCCGCCCCGGUCCCCGCCGCCCGGCCUUCCGCCCCGCGGGAGAGCCUGGGGCCGGCGCAGGAUACAGCCCGCCGCGCCUCCCGCCCGCCCGCCCGCCCCGAGGCCCCGGGGGACCCCAGGGGCGCGGGAGGCCUGUGGCGCGGGGGCAGGGCGCGGCCGCCGCGGGGCCCAAGGCCUAGGGCGCCCCCCCCCUCCCGCAGCACUCCCCAGGCCCGGCCCGCGCAGGCCGCGCCACUCGCCGCGCUCAGUCCGCCGCCGGAACCCCCGCCGUAGCUGCCUGCGGGUGUCCCCGAGGCCCCCAGACCCCCCACCCCCGGCCCCCGCCACCCCAGCGCCGGCCCCACUCACCCUUUCAUUCUCCGCCCGCGGCCUGGCGUGGGCCGGCAAAUCCCCGGCCUCACAUCAGAGAGACGCUGGCAGUGGACUAGGAAGCUCGGCUGAUACUGCUCCCGCCCUGGGCUUCAGAGAGAGUCUUUCCCUGUCGAACAAGAGGGCCAAGAAGGCAGGGCUGCCCGCCUGCACUGGGAGAGACAGCAGCCUCCUACAGCACCACUACAGGCACUGCGAGGACAUAACACCACAAAGCAGUUCCUCUGCCCUCCGAAACGACAACUUUCCUACCAUCUUGGAGGCAGAGAAAAGAGGGGCCAAGGGGGAAAGUGCACCGGCUCCGGAGAAAGUACAACUUUCUACCUCUCAUCUCUGGAAAGAGUCCACACUCGCCGUCUCCACCGGCGCCUAGGGGUGUGAAAAGCAGGGAAGAAAACAGAACCGAGUUCAUUUGCUCCGUUGGGGGGAAUGUUUCUGCACCUUCUGAUGGAAAGAAAUCUUUACAAGGCACAGGUUUUACGAUAUUAUUACUCUUUUCCAUGAUGGUGAUAGUGGUAGCUUAAUUUCUUUUUCAGGCUAGUGAUUUUUCUCUAUGGCAGGUCCAAGUUCUGUAUCUGGUUGGUGGUCAGUUUGUAAAUUGGCACCUCAGAGACUUAAAGGUCACUUUAGUGUGCGUGUGUGUGUGUGUGUGUGUGUGUGUCCGUUUAUAUUGUAUGUAUGUGUGUUUAUGUUUUCAUGUGUUACAGUUAAGAUUUUGUGGGUUUGGUAUCCAGGAAACUGAGGGUGCUACAAGUCAAUUGUAAAGAGAUGUCUUUUGUCUUCUCUCAAAGCAAUGUAAGUAAAACCUAUUAGCUGUCCAGAAAGGCAUAAUUCAGCUGUUUAUUCUUCACAGUGCAAAUAAAAGCACUGUGUAUUUAAAGUCUCCUCACAGCAACCAAGCCUACGAUGACUCCUGUUAACCAACCAGUAGAUUGAAAGAUGCUUUGGAUUUUCUUUCAGUAAAAUUGUUUAUUAAGAAUUA